ACAGCUUUCAAAAAUGGAAAAUGAAGAGGUUGUUCUGUUGGAUUUAUGGGCAAGUCCCUUCGGUAUGAGAGCCAAGAUUGCUUUGGCCGAGAAAGGCGUAAACUACGAGCACAAGGAAGAAGAUUUGAGCAACAAGAGUGAUUUGCUUUUGAAAACCAACCCGGUUCAUAAGCAAAUCCCGGUUCUAGUUCACAAUGGGAAACCCGUUUGCGAGUCGCUCAUCGCGGUUCAGUAUAUUGAUGAGAUUUGGCCUCACAAACCUCUGCUCCCUCUUGAUCCUUACCAAAGAGCCACUGCUAGAUUCUGGGCUGAUUUCGUCGACAACAAGAUAUAUAGUGCUAGGAACCGGAAAAUAUGGGCAUCAAAGGGAGAAGAGCACGAAGCAGCAAAGAAAGAGCUCAUCGACAGCUUAAAACUGCUGGAAGGAGAGCUCGGAAUCAAGGCUUAUUUUGGCGGGGAACAUCUCGGUUAUGUCGAUGUUGUGUUGAUUCCGAUUUAUAGCUGGUUUUAUACGUACGAAAAGUGUGGGGAUUUCAGCUUCUAAACCGAGUGUCCGAAGCUGAUUGCUUGGAGCAAG